CCACCGCCGCGAGCGAUGGACGCCGCCGGCCCGCCGCCCGCGGCCUCCGUCGACGACGUCGGCAGGUCAUUCCUCGGCCUGUCCACCGCAGCCGAGGGAGCGUUCGCGGGCGCCGUCGUCCUGCUCCUCGUCGCCGCGGCCGCGUCGAUCGCCGCGUACCUGGCGCGCCGGCGCGGGGGCGGGGCCAAGCCGCAGUCCUCGCGCGUCGACCACGCGCUCUCCUCCGGCUCGCUCCUCCCGACCUCCACGCCCAAGCACCAGAAGUACGCCGAGGUCGGCACCAGCUCCUCCGACGUGGCCAGCUCGUCGGCGGCGGCCAGCUCCCUGGAGUCGCCGGUGGGGAAGAAGCUGGAGAGGAUCAGCGGAGGCGGGGCGGCGCCGGGGGUGGAGAUGGGCUGGGGGAGGUGGUACGAGCUGGAGGAGCUGGAGGCGGCCACGGGUGGGUUCCGCGACGCGAACGUGGUCGGGGAAGGAGGCUACGGCACGGUGUACCGCGGCGUGCUUGCCGACGGCGAGGUCGUCGCCGUCAAGAACCUCUUCGAUCACAAGGGUCAGGCUGAGCAGGAAUUCAAGGUGGAGGUGGAAGCCAUCGGCAGAGUGAGGCACAAGCACCUCGCCGGCCUCAUCGGCUACUGCGCGGAAGGGCCUAAACGGAUGCUCGUGUACGAGUUUGUUGAGAACGGCAACUUGGAGCAGUGGCUGCACGGGGACGUUGGCCCCGUCAGCCCGCUGACAUGGGAAACGCGCCUGAAGAUCGCCAUCGGGACAGCCAAAGGCAUUGCCUACUUGCACGAAGGGCUGGAGCCCAAGGUGGUGCACCGGGACAUCAAGUCCAGCAACAUCCUCCUGGACGAGAAAUGGAACCCCAAGGUAUCCGACUUCGGCAUGGCCAAGGUCCUCGGCUCCGGCUCCAGCUACGUGACGACCCGUGUGAUGGGCACGUUCGGGUACGUGGCCCCUGAGUACGCGUCGACGGGGAUGCUGAACGAGAGCAGCGACAUCUACAGCUUCGGCGUGCUGCUGAUGGAGCUCAUCUCCGGGAGGAGCCCGGUGGACUACAACCGGCCGGCCGGCGAGGUGAACCUGGUGGAGUGGUUCAGGGGGAUGGUGGGGAGCAGGCGGGUGGAGGACCUGGCGGACCCGCGCAUGGCGCCGGCGCCGGCGCCGAGGGUGCUCAACCGGGUGCUGCUGGUGUGCCUCCGCUGCAUCGACUCCGACGCGCACAAGCGGCCCAAGAUGGGCCAGAUCGUGCACAUGCUCGAGGGCGACGAGUUCCCCUUCCGCACGGAGCACCGAUCGCCGCGAGCGGCUCACCGGCCGUCGACCAGCGCGCGGACGUCGCUUCUGGCCGAGAAGGCCGGGGCCGACGACGCCGACAAGUCCACGUGGAGAUGAGGGGCGUGCGUGCGUGGAGGCUGAGCUGAGCUGACCUUUUCUCCCCGGUGCUGUACAUUUUUUGUUUAUUCGGUUGGUUUUGGUCUUAUGGCGUUGGCAGGAGCAAGGCAUGAUUGAUUCGAGCGUUCGUUUGUUUUCGGUUUUGUUCUAAUUUUGUAGCAGUACGGUGGCGGACUAAGCUUGAUGCUAAUGAUUAUGGUGUGUAAA